AUGGCGACCACUAGCAAGGAUCAGUUGCCGUCUACUAUGACUGGUUUACCCUCUGGUUAUGGGCAGUAUAAAAAUCAAGAAUUGGUUUUAUAUGGUUCCAUCAAAGAGGCCUUCAAGGAGCAUCUCCUUCAACGUCUGAAUGGUCUUUGUGAUCCAGAGAGACAGAAAUUUUCUGAGCAUGAGAUGGUCUUCACUUUGAGUAGGUAUCUUUAACUUAUACUUGCUCAUCAAGCGAGGAUUUUAUAAAUUUUGCCUUUAGAAGCGGGAGAGGCUCCAGUGCAAGUUCGAAUGAGGAGAAGGAUGUAUGGUGAUGUCUUUUCUUGGCAUUGCAAGUACAUUGGUAGCCAGGAACCCGACCCGAAAUGUCCCGUGAUCGUCAGAAAAUGCAUAGAUUCGUGUAUAAAUUCUACCAACAUGAUGGAGUUCCUGAAGGCGCUAGGUCUUCGUAUGGACUACGAAUACCUCACAGAUGGUGUGAUAUACACAUGGGGAAAUAUUCGAGUAGGAUUUACUGUGUAGCUUUUUCUUACUUUUCAAUCAAAGUUCUUUAUUUGGAUUGCUUUUCAGAUCGUGGUUGCGAGGAUAACAUACACGACAAAGACCGGCAGAUACGAUCAGGAAAGCAGAACUCGGUUUGCGGAAGAAUCGUUGUUUGUUGAGGCUUCUACUGUGCUACCGGAGCAAGCGGAUUACAUGCCGGCGGCCAAGCAAUUACGAGAUUUUGCCGACCAGCUAGAACCGUGAGUAUAAUAUGAGUUUCUUUUGAAAUUUGAUGUUUAGACUUUGCAAACUGGAAAAGUCUGAUUACUGA